AAGAAACGAGAGAGGCAUUCCGGUAGUUGUCCGUUCCAUUGCUCUACCCUCGUCCGUACACUCCUAUAAGUACGAAACCCCAGAAUCCAACGAUCAGAUCUCAGCCGUUCCGCUUCCGGACACACGAAGUAAAGAAAAAAAGGAAAAACGAAAAAGAAGAAAAUCUAGGGUUUCCGUUUCUUCCCUAAAUCCCCCCAAAUCUAGGGUUUUUUUCUACCUCAAAUCCAUGGCUUCUUUCGUCGAAUUAGCGGAUUUUCUGCUAAUCAUCGUUAACAGAAUAAUUAGCUGGAUAUAAUCACAGCUUGAACUAAGAAACCGCUCCGGCGGCAUCACAUUCAGCUGGAAAAAUCAGGGUUGUCCUUGUUACAUGAGGACUUGCUAAGAAGGCGGGAUGAACAACGCUUUCAAUGGCCAGAUAUUAGCUGAGAAGCUCUCUAAGCUUAAUAAUUCACAGCAAAGCAUUGAAACAUUGUCACAUUGGUGUAUUUCUCACCGGAAGAAAGCAAAACAAGUUGUCGAAACUUGGGAUAAGCUGUUUAAUGGCUCCCAAAGAGAGCAACGCGUUCCUUUUCUAUAUUUGGCGAAUGACAUCUUACAGAAUAGUCGGCGCAAAGGAAGUGAGUUCGUGAAUGAGUUUUGGAAGGUCCUCCCUGGAGCUCUCAAGGAUGUUUUUGAGAACGGCGGUGAUCAUGGAAAGAAUGUUGUCUCCAGAUUGGUUGGUAUUUGGGAAGAGAGGAAAGUGUUUGGAUCUCGUGGUCGGAGCCUUAAAGAUGAGAUGCUUGGCAAAGACCCUCCUCCAAUUUUGGAAAACAAUGGAAAGAGUUUGCAAUCGCAUUCCAUCAAAGUAGGGAAGAAAGAUGCUCAUUCAAUAAGAAUUAAAUUGGCUAUUGGAGGGAUGCCCGAAAAGAUAGUAACUGCAUUUCAAUCUGUACAUGAUGAACAUUUCAAGGAAGACACUGCUUUAAACAAAUGUAAGGCAGCUAUUCGUCGUGUGGGAAAGAUGGAGAAAGAUGUUGACAAUGCCUGUAUUCAGGGGAAUCAACAGGGAUCAACAUUGACCAAUGAACUCCAGGAGCAUGAAACAAUUCUUAGGGAAUGCAUUGAUCAACUUGGAAGUGUUGAAGCAACUAGAGCAGCUUUGGUUGCUCAGCUAAAAGAGGCACUUCAAGAGCAGGAGUCGAAGCUGGAGCUUAUUCGCACUCAAAUGCAAGUUGCCCAAGCUCAGAUCGAGCAAGCAAGCAACAUGCAGCAGCGGCUUACGCGACCUCCCGGGGCCACCCCUACGACACCAAACCCACCGGCAGAAGCGGCAGCUACAGCAGGACCCACCCCACGUACAAAUCAAACGACAGGCACCCCUCAACCUCCACCGCCCCAGCCCUUGACAUCGAUAAUCCAAACAACGAACACCCCUUACCCUCCCCCGCCCCAACCUGUGACAGCUUUUGCCAAUGCGAAAACCGCCUCUGAAGAAGAUCACAAGAAAGCGGCUGCGGCAGUCGCCGCCAAGCUCGCUGCCUCGACAUCGUCCGCCCAGAUGCUGAGCUCUAUCUUCUCAUCUCUGGCUGCUGAAGAAGCUGCUGCCUCCAAGAACACCCUGAAUGUGAGCAGCUUCACUACCACACCGCCCAUUUUCCCACCGGAAAAGCGGCCCAAGCUUGAGAAACCGAUGUCGGUCUCCGAAAUGGGCAAUACCUACUUCGGGCACAUGCAGCAGCAACAGCUGUCCACUCUCCCGCUUAUGCCUGCCCAAACUCCCACCACAAGUAUGCAGCCCAUGACCCAAACCAACCAGCCACAAACACCAUUUCCGCCGCCUCCCCCACCUCUACCACCACCCCCAUUGCCAGUGCAGCAGUAUGUACAAUCUAAUGGAGUGAUGGCAGGGACGGGGCCAUUUGGAUAUGGAGGCAGUGGCCUACCCCCGCCACCACCACCUCCCAACCACAUGCUCAUGAGCUUAGCAAGGCCCGGCACUCAGCAGCAGCCCCAACAACAUUCAAUCACAACAGGAUAUUACCAAUCGCCGGGGAUGGGAUUCUAUGGGCAAAGCCAUCAGCCGAGCACACCGUCGGUUCCUCGGCCAUGAGCUGUCUGAUUGAGGAUUUCCUGACCGACCGAGGGGCUUUUGUAGGGCCCAGCAUGUCUUAAUAUGUAAAUUAACAGCUCUUUUUUUUCCUCCUCCAGUAACUUAGCAUUUUCGUUGUUUAGGUAGUUACUGAUAAGGAAAAAUCAGAUCGACCCCACUGCACUGGGCGGGCCCCACUGGGUCUUGGAUGAUUCGUCCAAUGGGGCGAGGUUUUAACAGAAUGGCCACGGUCAGCCCGCCAUAACUAGUGUAUUUUUCAUCUUUCAUGUACACUCAGCUUUAUGUUGAAAUUGCUGAUGUGGGGAUGUUUAUAGCUA